AUGCGCGCUCAGCCACUCAAGUCAAUAUCUUCCUCCGACGUCGGGUUAUUAGACCCGAUCAACCCUCCCAACCUAUCGCGAACCCCCUCGUCGCUCAGUCUCAUGGAGACGGACGAGAAGCGUCAACCCAGCUGGAGCCAGGAACACGAGCCGGAACUUGAGAAAUGGAACGGGACUCGGACGAACGCCUUCCGAUAUGUCGCCACUUUGUAUAGCUUCAUCGUGAUGGGCAUGAAUGAUGGAGCCGUCGGUAUUGAGAGCUACUACGACGUUUCAUAUACGGUCGUUUCUCUCCUUUUCCUAGCACCAUUUAUCGGUUACAUCAUUGCCGCUCUCACGAACAACUUCAUCCACCAUCAACUGGGCCAGAGAGGCAUUGCGAUCAUCGGGCCAAUAGCCCGAACCAUCGGCUUCCUCCCCCUGGCCCUACACCCACCGUACCCAGUCCUGCCGUUCGCCCUGUUGGUGACAGGAUAUGGCAACGGUCUCGAGGACAGCGGCUGGAACGCCUGGAUCGGCAACAUGCAGAACUCGAACGAGCUACUCGGGUUCCUCCACGGCGCGUACGGGCUCGGUGCGACCGUUGGUCCCCUCAUCGCCUCUGCCAUGGUUGCAAGGGCCGACCUGGAGUGGUUCAACUUCUACUACGUCAUGACAGCCAUGACGGCCCUCACCUUCAUCCUCACCUCGACUGCAUUCUGGAAAGCCACGGGCAAGGUGCACCGUGAGAAACACCCUUCGUCGACGGACGGCGCCAACCACACGUCGACGGUAGCAGUGAUCCGUAAACCGAUUACAUGGCUUCUCGCGUUCUACCUGCUUGCAUACGUGGGCAUAGAAGUCGCACUGGGCGGCUGGAUCGUGACCUUCAUGCUGCGCGUGCGGCACGCCGAGCCGUUCCUCGCCGGCAUCACCACGGUGCUGUUCUGGCUCGGUUUGACGCUCGGUCGACUGAUACUGGGCUUCGUCACAGGUCGCGUGGGAGAGAAGCGGGCCAUCGCCGUGUACGUCCUCCUGUCUAUCGUCCUGCAGCUGCUGUAUUGGCUCGUUCCAAACUUUGUCGCAUCGGUCAUCUUCGUGAUGCUGCUCGGUUUCUUCCUCGGCCCGCUGUUCCCAGCAGCCAUCGUCGCGGCCGCGAAGCUACUGCCGAGGGAUAACCAUGUCAGCGUCAUCGGGUUCGCUGCAGCAUUUGGCGGGGCUGGCGGUGCCAUCAUUCCGUUUGGCAUCGGAGCCGUUGCGAACAGCCGAGGAGUUUGGGUGCUACAGCCCAUCGCGUUGUCGGUGCUGAUUGUUCUCUUUCUUUUAUGGUUGUGUUUCCCGGGCGGUUACCGGAAGGGCGGGUUAGAAGAGGCGAGGAGAAAUCGGGAACCCAUUGGAAACGACUUUCGGGCUGCUGUGCGUUGGGUUAAGAAUCUUGCAUCAUGA